AUGCAAAAUAUUGUAAAUGUGAUACAAGCCAGCCAACACUUAUCUGUGUUAAGGUGUGCGACAUUGGCAAUUUCAAACUUAUUGAGAGGAAAACCUGCACCUUCCGAAUGCUACGCCAUGGAAGCACUUCCUAUACUGAAUCGAUUGAUAUUUUCUACUGACAUGAACAAGUGCUCACUGAUGCAGCAUAAAUGGGCUCUUACUUAUGUGACAGAUGGAUCCAAUGAUAAAAUUCAAGCUGUUAUUGACAGUGGCUGUUUGAAACGAGUAAUCAUGCUCCUCUCUCAUGAAUCAUCAUCAGUAGUGGUUCCAGCAGUAAGAAUCGUUGGUAACGUUCAAUCCAGAAUGGUUGCAUCACCCGAGAUAACCUUACACAUUAUUUUCAUUCAAAACCACCCUUACUUCACAACACUUUUGAAGCCUAGUUACAUAUUUGUAGUUUAA